AUGGAAUUAAGAUCUCCUUCAUUUGAUAAAUUUAAAUCAAAUAAUAUUACCCAACAAGAAAUACCAAAGAAUCAAACAGAAAUGCCAUUUAUUCAGGCUUUUCUGAAUGAUCGACCCAAAUUAUCUUUUGAUACAGUUCAACUCAGGUUAAGAAAUGCAAAAACAUUGAAUCAUGAAAUCGGGGAAUAUUUUAAAGAAAGAGUAAUAAUAGAAGAUAACUAUAUUAAAAGUAUUCAGCGUUUAGCCAAUAAAACAUUUGUUGCUGAUAGAGCAUAUAUGGGCACAUUUACAAGUAUAUGGGACACAUUAUUCAAUGAACUUAUGGAAACAGCAACUUUACAUUCAUUUUAUGUUACAAAAAUAUCUGAUGAAAUCGAAACGCCUUUACGGGAAAUGACAAUUGCUGAUCCAAAAUGGACACAAUUAAAACAAGAAGAACCCAAUUUGAGCAAAUUAGCAAAAGAAUAUGAAGAAAGAGUUUCUAAAGUUAACAAGUUUAAAACUAAGAAAGAAAAACUAUCUGGAAAAAGGGCAGAAACUUCUGAGAAUAAAUUGAUUGAAGCACAAAAAGCACUUGAACAAAUUAAAGAUGAAUGGCAUUCUGAAUGGUCAAAAUAUCUUGAGACAAUGCAGGCUGAAGCAUAUCAAAAAAGAGUUGAGAUUUCAGAAAAGAAUUUAUCUACAAUAAUGGAAUUUAAUGUACAAGAUGAGAUAGUUGAUUUUUGUUCAAAAGCUAUUGAAGGAAAUUUAUCUCAUAUUGAAUUAAAUAAUUCAGGAAAUUCAUUGAAAAAUGCAUUUGUUACUAUCGGCACUAUGAGGCGUAAGAGAACUCCAUCACAUAAUUCAGAAAACUUGCAUCCAUCAAAAUCAGAGAAUGAUAGUACACGAAAUGGAAUUAAUAUUUUAAGGAAUUCAUCAUCUCAUACUUCUUUUACUUUUUCAAAUGAAAAUUCGUUUUCUUCACCUGUGGAAAUAUCAUCACCUGGUGAGAUUUCUUAUUCACCUGUGGAAAUUUCUUCUUCACCUGGUGAGAUUUCCUCUUCACCAGUGGAAAUUUCCAUUGUUCCAGAAAAGGCAUUACGAGUAGAAAUUAAACCUACGAGUACAGAAAUCAACGAAGCUGAUGCGGCGGCUGCGAUGUCUCAUGUAAUUUCAACUCUCAAAUCGACACCCGCAUUUAAAAAUCGGCCACCUCGAGGGCGAAGAGAUCGAAAUACAUAUUAUCCUGAUAAUAAUUUGAGCGUCGAUCAACCUUCUCCAUUAAAUUUACAAAGUUCUUAUCGAAGAUCAAAUAUUUCAAUUAUUGAAACAAUUAAUGUAAUGACUAAAGCUGGAAAUGUUACUAAACUUCUUAUAACUGGCGAAAUAAUGGCGGUGAUAAAAUAUCAAGUUCACAUUGAUCCGGAAAAUAAAAAUUCGUAUUUACCUCUUCAAAUAAUUCCUCAAUGGAAAUGUGAAUCAAAUAAAACAUCUCUAGUUAUUGCAUAUCAAAUUAAUCCCGAAUGUAAACUUAUUACUACGGCGGAAACAGCAGCAGAUAGAAAAUUAUCGAAAUUAUCAGAUAUUUCAUUUAUUAUACCAGUUGAUGGUGAUGUGGUAUAUGUUCAAUCUAAACCAACAGGAAUAUGGAGUACUGAAAAAAAUUGGAUGUAUUGGCAACUUGAAGAUAUUGAUCUUACAUCUACUACAACAUCUACAGCGACUACACCUAUUACUCCAACUACACCUAUUAUUCCAACAACAACAGGGGCAGCAGCACCGGAGACACCUUCAACGCCAUUUACACCCAUGAUACCAUCACCAUCAAAUAGUACUUCUUCUUUAGAUCAAAAAAAAAUAAUCGCACGAUUUGGAACAAACAAAACUUCACAACCAGCACCGGCAGCUGUCAAGUUUGUUUGUAAAGGACAAUUACUUAGUAAUAUUUCUUUGGAAAUAAAUGUAAAAUUGUUAGUGGGAAAUUUAUAG